CUGCGCUUCGAUACAGUCAAGCUUAUCAUUGGUAAUAAACGCUUAUUUUUGCUUCUGCACUCUUCAUAUUCUAAUAUUAUACUAGGUGUAUACAAGAUUAGAUUUAUCACUACUUUGCGUACCCUAGACAUCUCGUAUUGAUGGAAGAAGCCUGUAAUCAACACCGUCAUUAGAGGGUACAACCAAAAGAGUAGGAGUCUCUGUCGACGAGGGUCAUGUUAACAGGAAUAAUCAUCAACUGCUUCGUUACUUGGCCAUUACCUCCUUGGUCAGUGCUUCUCCGUUUUCUUUUAAUGUUUACGAUUGGAACUGUGCUUCCCAGGCUGUUUGAACGAGAAUACAGCUUCAAUGCAUGGCAGAUAUUAUAUGCUAGGUUAGUCGAAUGGAUCGGGCCUGGAUACUAUUUGAAAGUACUUUUUGUUGGACUUUGCUGGCUUUCUACUCGUAGUUUAAAGUAUACGGUCAACGAACUCGUCAUCGUCAUGGAUUUAUACAAAAAUCAGAGCGAACACAUCAGUAAUUUUCCUGUACUCGAAGCUACACUUUUAUUGACGUCAACUCUACUAUAAACAUAGCAUGGCGGUCGUGUCUUUCGUGGCUACGUGGAUUGCAGAACUGAUACUCACUCUCAACCAAACACACUCACAA